GCAGCAUUCCUUCUACAUUCGGAAACUUAUCGUCCCUUAUGAGAUUAUAUGGGGGCUCCAAUGAUCUUACAGGCGAAAUCCCUGAUUCAUUAGGCCGGCUUAAGAAAUUGGAACUUCUAGCAUUUGGUGAAAACAGGCUGACAGGUUUCGUCCCUCCUACUAUUUUCAAUCUCUCUUACAUUAACACUUUCGACCUGGCAGCUAACCAGCUGGAAGGUACUCUUCCUUCUUACUUAGCCACUACUUUGCCAAAUCUUCAAAUCUUCAGUGUGGGUAUAAACUUGUUUAGUGGAACCAUUCCUGAUUCAUUAUCCAACGCAACAAAUUUAGUAUAUCUACACGUUGGUUACAACAGAUUCUCAGGGAAAGUGCCCAGUUUAGUUAAGUUAAAUAAGCUUGGUGUUUUAGCACUUUCAGGGAAUCUACUUGGAAAGGGAGAAUCAGACGACUUGAGUUUCAUCUCAUCUUUAGUCAAUGCUACCAGUUUACAAAGUUUGGGGCUGGAUGACAACAAUUUUGGAGGGCAGUUGCCUGUUUCAUUUUGGAACCUAUCUACUACCCUUUCGAGGUUAUUUCUGACCAGAAAUCAAAUUACUGGUACCAUUCCAUCUGAAAUAGGAAACUUCGUCAACCUGCAAGAUCUUAGGGUGAAUGAUAACAGAUUCAGAGGCAUGAUCCCCUAUAGUAUUGGGAAUCUUCGAAAUCUUCAAUUUUUAGACUUUUCUCACAACAGAUUCUCAAGCAAUAUCCCUUCUUCUAUUGGAAAUUUAAGUCUUUUGCUUUAUAUGUAUCUUUCUGAGAACAGUCUUAGCAGUGGCAUGCCGUCAAGUUUGGGGGAUUGUCAAAAUUUAUUGGAACUGAAUCUCUCUCAAAAUUCUUUAACUGGUCUGGUACCGCGAGAGGUUUCAAGCAUUCCUUCCUUGAGAACUGUUGAUCUUUCUCAAAACCAGCUGAAUGGUACUCUUCCUGUGGAAAUUGGGAGUCUUAAGAAUCUGGAGUAUUUCAAUGUUUCUGGGAACAACUUUGUGGGUGAAAUUCCUAGUACUCUUGGAGGUUGUGUGAGGCUGGAGUUCUUAGACAUGGAAGGAAAUUCCUUGCAAGGGAACAUUCCCUCAAGUUUCAGUACUUUGAGGGGACUUCAAGUUUUAGACCUUUCUAGCAACAAACUCGAUGGUCAAGUUCCAAGCUUCUUGGGGGAAUUUAACUUGCUGGCCCUGAACCUGUCUUUCAAUGAUUUUGAAGGUGCCUUACCGGAAGACGGCAUAUUCAAGAAUGCAAGUCUGAUUUCAGUAUCUGGGAACCCGAAACUCUGUGGGGGUAUACCUGAACUAAAACUCUCAAAAUGCAGCCUUAAACAGCACAAGAAAUCCAGCUUGAGUUUGAACUUAAAGAUUGUGAUCUCCACAUUUGGUGUGAUACUAGGAAUAAGUAUGACUCUCGGUGUUCUCAUCUUCUGCUUUCUGAAGAGAGGAAAAAAGGAACCUCCCUCAAAUCCCUUUGGCGGAUCACUGCUGAAUGUAUCUUAUCAAAGUCUUCUCCAGGCCACAGGUGGAUUCUCCCGGGACAGUUUAUUAGGUGUUGGUAGUUAUGGAUCAGUGUACAAAGGAACCCUUGAAGAAAAACUUGUUGCAGUGAAAGUAUUGAAUCUUUCACAACGUGGAGCUCUAAAAAGCUUCAUGGCCGAAUGUGAGGCCUUAAGAAACAUCAGGCAUCGGAAUCUUGUCAAGGUACUCACAGCAUGCUCCGGUGUUGAUCUUAAUGGCAAUGAUUUCAAGGCCUUGGUUUACGAGUUCAUGCCUAACGGAAGUCUCUAUGACUGGUUGCAUCCACAGUUGGACGAAGAUCUUACACGAGGGGAAAUUAGGUACUUAAACCUAGUUCAGAGGCUAAACAUAGCCAUUGAUAUUGCCUGCGCAGUUGAGUAUCUUCAUCUGCGAAGUGGAACCCCAAUCGUUCAUUGUGAUCUCAAGCCAAGCAAUGUUCUUCUAGAUGAUGAAUUUGUAGGGCGUGUCGGUGAUUUCGGAUUAGCAAGAUUCCUUUCUAAAGCUACUGACAGUUUUUCAAAGCAUCAAACAAGUUCUAGUCUUGUUAGAGGAACUAUUGGGUACACUGCUCCAGAAUACGGAACAGGAAGUGAACCAUCGACAUUAGGUGAUGUAUACAGCUUUGGGAUCCUACUGUUGGAGAUGUUCACUGGUAAAAGGCCAACUGGUGCAUUAUUCAAAGAUGGAUUUGGACUUCAUAGCUUUGUUCAAAAUUCUUUGCCUGACAGAGUCUCAUACAUUGUUGACCCCAAACUUCUCCAUGAGAGAGAAACAGGAACGGAGCCAACGACAAACGGCCUUCAACAUUACAGCUCCAUAUCCAUAGGAAAUCACAAAUAUGAGAAGUGCCUAGUUAAGGUUCUUAGUGUUGGAGUUGCUUGCUCAGCCAACUCGGCCAAGGAAAGAAUGAACAUUGCUGAGGUUGUUAACGAACUGAAAUCCAGCAGAGAUGCUCUUCUAAGAAAUGCAAACCAUGGAGAUGAGAUGGACUGUUUAUGAAUAGAGUAGAAAAAUACACUAAAGAAAUCUUGUUUUGCUGUGGUGUUCCUACAAGAAAUUAAAAUAGCAGCAAAAUAAGAGCUCGGCUUCUUCAUACAUUGCCAUUACUUUGUUCCUGUUGGAACACAUAAUUAUGAGCAAAUUAAGAAUAAUUUCAGCAGUCUCAGUGCAUUUUAUACAGACCUCAAAUGAAAUGAUGCUGAAUCUGUUUCUAUCCAAGCACAUUAAACUCAAUGAGUGAAUGUAUGGCACCGUUUAUUACAGCAACGUCGCAUACAUCUAUUCAAAUAUUACACAAUGAGUAACCAAAACAAGGGGGCUGGUUCCAGAAAUCAAGUUACAUGAAAGACUAAGCACAAGAGUGGACCUUCGAGCCUUUGGAAGGUUGGAAAAAUGCUCUUGUACUAGGCCCUUAUUGAGAAGGGAAUAUAAAUUAUGAGAAAACUAAUUUAUGUUUCUUUUGGGAACACAUAACACAACUUAUCCAAAGAAUAAAUGAAAACUUUGCUGAACAAUGUAAAUGUGCACGUUCGCAGCUUUUUUUAUCUACACAUAAUCACCCCCAACCUUCUUCCAAUUACCUUUAUGUUGCUUGUGCUCAUUGGUGACCGAGAUGCCACCAGAGGAUCACCACCCCGAGAUUAAUCAUUCUUGCAAUUCCCGAGCAAAUUUUCCACAUAAAACCUGAAACCACCAAAACUCUUAUCCUUUGAAUCUAAUCACAAUCCAACCCGCAUACUUCUAGUACGAUCC